UACAAAAAUGAACUGUCAUAGGGAUCAUCAUUGGCCGCGUCAAGUAUAACCUCAUUCAAGGUCAUCUAUCCUUGCCUCAAAUAUUUAUCGUACUGUUGGUGGCCUUUAUUAUAGUUAUAAAGCUUCUUGAAUAUGGACUGAAGGACCCAUAAAUAAACAAACACUGUAUAAACUGCAUAGCAAACUCGGCUCCGUCCUGUGGCGGACGAGGAACGGAGACUAUACUGCAGUGCAGCCACCAGGCGCAUCUUGUGAAAAAAAAAAUUGUAAGUGCUAAUAUGGCGCCUCCUCAAUCAUGUGACACCUUUGUUGUGCUCCCGCCUCAUACAAGUGAUAAUCAAGUGAUAUUUGGCAAAAAUUCCGACCGACCUCGUCAUGAGGUGCAGGAAGUCGUGUACUUCGCGGGAGGGAUCAGACAGGGACCUUUAAAGUGCACAUACAUUAAAAUUGAGGAGAGUUGUAAGCCACUGAAUGCGGUCAUACUGAGCAAGCCAGGAUGGAUGUGGGGAGCGGAGAUGGGAGCUAACAACAAGAAUGUGGUCAUUGGCAAUGAAGCAGUGUGGACUAAAAAUGACAAGGGCCUUGGAAAUGCUCAGGAAAAACGCUUGCUGGGAAUGGAUCUUGUUCGCUUGGGCUUAGAACGAGGUAAUACAGCAAAAGAGGCAAUUGACGUUGUAACAUCUCUUCUUGAAAAGUAUGGACAAGGCGGACCCUGCAGUGAACAUGAUGACAAUCUCUUUUACCAUAACUCAUUCCUUAUUGCGGACCCCACUGAAGCAUGGGUGCUAGAGACAAGCGGCAAUCUGUGGGCUGCAGAGAAAGUAUUGUCUUACAGGAACAUUUCUAAUGGGCUAACUAUUACUACAAAGAUUGACAAAAUGUCUGAUGGAUUAAAAGAGAAAGCGAAGGAGCUAGGACUUUGGGAUGGACAGGGUGAGUUUAACUUCAUGAAAAUUUUUUCAUCUGGCGGAGAUCUCCACCGCCAACUCGAUGGGGAAGCACUUCUCAGAAAUGGCUGUAAGGAUUCUCAAUUCACCAUAAAUGACAUGUUUUAUGUUUUGCGGCACAAGAAAAGCCGAAUAUGCCGAGGAUGUGAUGAUGGCUUUCCCACUCAAGGAAGUCAGGUAUCUAUUUUAACGGAGAACGGAAUGAGUGUCCAUUGGUUCACGGCUACACCAGACCCUAGCGUUUCUCUUUUCAAACCCUUUGUCUUCACUCCGAAUUGCAAAACUUCGUGCUACACGGAGAGUCUCCAAGAACCUAAACACGAAAGUCGUUUAUACAAGCUACAUGCAGAUCAUAUAAUUCGAGGCACCAAAAGCCAAGAACUGAUCAGACAGUUACAAAUACUGGAAGCAGAGAGUAUCCAGAGAGUGGAAUCAACCCUGCGUCACUAUGAUGCUGGAGAAAAUUUGAACAUAGACAAUCUGAUGGAAGACUAUGUUAUGAAGGAAGUUAAACUUUACAUCGUUGACACCGAAAACGAAUAGAUCGUAAGAAUAAAAACAUGUUAAGAGAUAAAAACUAUUUAAAGGGCCAUACGAAAAAUAAACCAAAGAUUUUAGAAAUGUUCAAAAGUAACAUAGUUUGUUAUUGUUUAUGUUUUUGUUAUUUUCUAUUGUUGAAUAAGGAUAAAUUUUAUUAUAUUUGAAUGAAUAUAUUAGACCUGUACAUUACAUCACGUAACCUUCAUAUCGUAAUCAUCACACUUUUUUUGAAUGAUCUCGAUGUCAAUAGCAAUCAAUUGUUAAUAAUCGUGUAACGGUAUAUAUAUAUUGUUUUUAUUGAAUUCCGUUAACUUCGGAGUAUCGGUAAGUACGUUUAAAGAAACUAAAUGGCAUAGUUAAUUUAUUUUUAUUUUUUUGUUAUUUUUAUAAAAGUAAUUAAAUGUUGCAUAUAGCGUUGCUGUAACACGCGCAUUACAUUUAAACUCAACCGAACAAUUGAAAACUGUGACAACAAUGUCAUUUCGAACAUCGAUCGUCCGAGAUAGUACUUACGUUUAGUAGCAAAUGUAUGAACUCGUACUAAACACUAAUCAAUAUGUAAACAGGCCCUAAGGCAGUGUACACGCUCGUAAGGGCUUUUAAGAUAAAAAAUUACUAUUGAUUAUCUCCGAAAUAGAGUUAAUUAGAAUACCGGUGUCUUUGAGAAAGUUACUUAAUUUAAGCUCAGGGACGUACCCUUGAAAUUAACGAAAAAAAAAACACGGUCUAUAUUAAUGCGUGUCCUGACUGACUGAUUCAUCAACGCAGAACCGAAACUACAAAAGCUAGAAAGUUGAAAUUUGCACACUAGGUUGCAUUUAUAAAGUGUACAAUAAAUAAGAAGCGAUUAUGAAAAAGGGGGUUGAAUGUUUGUAUGGCGUUCAAGUUUUAUUCUAAGCUAGGAACUUGAAACUUCGUAAUAAGAUAUUUUAAUUUAAACGUAAUUUCAGCGUCUUUGAAAAUUCAUCCCCUAAUAGGGUUCAGGGGUUUAAAGUUUGUAACGGGAACGAUUUGAGUACGGACGGGAAAUUAGUAGGAAGAGAAAACAAUUUUAGUGCUUUUGAAAAUUCAGCCCCUUUUAGGGUUAAGAAGAUGUUAAAAGUGUGUUUCAGGAAAUAAAUCCACGCGGACGAAGUCGUGGGCAACAGCUAGUACAUCAGGUUAACACAACCUUACAAGCAUCUAAGAUAACUUGUAACGAUUUGAAUAUUUCCAUAAAGCUUAUUGCAAAAACACAA